AUGAACUCCAAAGGGUGGGUUGUUUUCCACCUUCUGGCCUUGGCAUUGGCCAUGGUGGCAGAGGCAUCUGAACUCCAUGACUUUAUCCACGUUGUGAAUGAGGGUGACACUGUUCUCCUUGUAGACGACAAUGAGUUUUUGAUGAGUUCUGAAUCACACCGUCGAACGCUGUAUGUGAACAGGCGCAUCAGGUACAUUAGCUACGAAGCCCUUAAGGCCAACCAAGUCCCAUGUCUUAGGCAUGGACGAUCCUACUACAGUUGCCAUCAGAGGGGUAAGGCCAAUCCUUAUCGGCGUGGUUGCUCUGUAAUUACACAUUGUGCCAGAGACACUAGUUGA